GCACGCGACCGAGGGGCCACACGUGAACGCUGGCGAACAAUCCCCCGCGUACAACUUGCUGGUUCGGUGCAUACAACGCGAACGAGAAGAGUGCCAGCUCGUGCAUGCAUGUACAAGCUGCGUGCGAGUAGACUCUGCGCCGUGCUGCCUUGCUUUCAGCAUGCGCCCCUGAUGCACGGCGGCGGCAGCGGUGGAAGAGCGUGGACAGCACAGUUGCAGUCGCUGGCUCCGCUGCCACACCCUCGGCGACGACGACUACACCCUGCCUGCCCUUUCGGAUCGCCUCUGAGCGCCGCGCUCCUUGUGGCGUCUCCCAGGGCGUACUGCUUAUCGGCAGCACUCGCAAAGCCACAAGGAGCACAUCCAGAACAAGCAAGAGGGGCGGGCAAAGUUGGCUGCAACGGCGACGGCACGCACCGUGACACCAAGCCGAGACGUCUGUACCGUUACGUCAUCGACGUGCACGGCCAGCUGUUCCUGCACGACACCGUCCCCAAGAACUUGACAUCGUGCUUCAAGAACACCGAGUUUCUCGACUUUUUCUUCAUGCGUCUCCGUCCCAACGACGUUGAUCCCGCCGAGGCGAAUCCCAGCGACGCCGCCGUGCAGCCGCAACAGCUCUCCCACGACUGGACAGACGAGCUGGCCGGCAAGCUGACGCACCGAAAAGCGAGUGCUCUCGCGCGCUCACAGGGGUACCAAUGGAUCAGCCCUUGCAUGGGCGAGCUGAAUUUUGUCAAAUCGGCGGAUACACCGAUCGUCUAUCGAGACAUCUCGCACGAUGGUAAGCUCCGUUGGGCGGGCACGCUGACGACUCCUUUCAACCCUGACCAACUCUUCGUGCACCCCGCCACCGGGCGACUGUACACUCUAUCGCCGCCUUCGGGGGCCGCUGCCACCUCUCUCACCGCGCGAGGCCAGCCGAGCACGAACAGAUUCGGGGACUACAGUCUGCUCUCAUCCGCCCUCGUCUUGCAGCACCUCGCCGCCGGGCUGCACAUGCAUGAUGACCUUGCCGAUCGCGCGCCCGGCGACGACGCCGGCAGCGUUGAGUGGCACGCAAAGACGCACAGGCUGCGCCUGCUUGAUCCGCGGAGCAUCUGGCUUUUGCAUGACAACCGAAAAUUGAGGAAUUAAUCAUCCAUAAAUACGCUCUUUUGUCUUCCCAGCGGGCAUGCAACGUCGCUUGUGAGCAAGAUUUGAUGUUACAACAUGUGUGAAGGAAAGACCGGUGCGUGCCCGGCUUUACCCGCGUAGCAGGCCGGGCGCGGCAUGGAAUAUGAAGAAAUAUUGGGUGACGAGCAAGAGCAAGCUUGGCAGAAGUAGCAUCAAGCGAGGUAACAGGAGCAGCGACUGCAUUCCCUUUAGAGCUUCUUUCUUAAAUCAUCAUCCCUCGACCCGGACCCAGCAUUCGCAGCGGCGCCAGGGCCAGCGCCUGCAUUGGGCCACACACGCGCCUGCGCCUCUGCUGCGAGGCGCUGCUCGAUGCGCUCGAAGCGCUCCUUGUCUGCUGCACCGGUGCGAUCCCCAAAGAUGCGGUCCAUGUCUUCCAGCUUGAUGCCAGC